CCAAAGGCUCAAAGGUUUAAUUAGAAUAAUUUUAAAGUCCCGUUUACUUGCUUAUUGCAAAGUGUUUCUUUUAAAAGCCAUUGACAAGGAAGAGUAACUAAACAAUGAGUCAAUUUUCUUGUGGCUGAGGGAAGGAAGAGUUAAAAGGCGCCUUUCUUUAAGCCUCUGUCUCACCAGCAUUUAUUCCAAUAGAAGAGGGGGGGAAAGGCCUAAAAUUUCCAAUUUCUUUCUGGGAUUUUCUUUUACAAUGAGGAGCAUAGCAUCUUGUUACAAUGAACAUGCUAUCAAAGUGUCGGAUUCUUAUUGUUCAAGGCCAUCAAAUCAACCUUGUCUCACCCCCAACCAUACCCCUUCAACUCCAAACACUGUAAAAUGUAUAUACAAAGCUAAAAUCUCCUCUCAAAGAAACCUCCUCAUCGCCCUCACCUGGUGCAACAAUCUCCUAGGCCGAGGCCUAACGAUCGCGGUUGGCGAAACCCCAUCGAAAUUCGAUCACAAUUCCUACCAUCUUUCAAAGAACAAAGGCAGCAAAACCUUCAAAGCUUGCAAUUCACAGAUUGAAGUCUUUUGGGAUGUUUCCAAUGCUCAGUAUAUGAAUGGACCCGAACCAAGCACCAGGUUUUCACUUUUUGUUUUAGUUGACUCCCAACUUUGUUUAUCUCUUGGGGAUAUAAUUCAUACCAACAAUGAAGAAAAGGCAACAUCCAAUUUUUCAUUGGUUUCAAGGACUGAAGUUUUCAUAGGCACCACUAGCGUUUAUUCAACCAAGGCUCAAUUUUGUGAGGAAGGAUUGGUUCAUGAAAUUUUAAUCAAAUGCAAUGAAGAAUAUGAAGAAAAACGAAAGGUUUGGAGAAACCCUGAAUUUUGUGUCACCAUUGAUAAAAAGAAGGUGUUUCAAGUAAAGAGAUUGAGGUGGAAUUUCAGAGGGAAUCAAGUGAUCUUUUUGGAUGGAUUAUUGAUAGAUAUGAUGUGGGAUUUGCAUGAUUGGCUCUUUAACCGAACAUCAAAGUGUGCUGUUUUCAUGUUUAGGACAAGGAGCGGAUUAGAUAGCAGGCUUUGGUUAGAAGAAAAAAAGGCCAAAUUUGGAGAACAUCAAGAAAGAGGUGAAUUCUCAUUAUUGAUAUGUGCUUGUAAGAAUCUUGACUAAGUUAUUAAUUAGAUUGGUUUUUUAUUAAUAUAUCUGAAGUAUUUUUUUUUUUUGGCGGGGGGGGGGUGUUAUUAGAUUUUGAAAUAUCGAAGAAGAUGUUAAUCUUCUGUUUAUAAGAAAUUUAGAUGCUUAACUUGGACCGGAGGAAAUGAAGUUUUAGAGUUGUAGAGAUUGAAUUGUAAAUGUAACUACUUCAAUUUCUAUCUCUUUCUUUUAUAAUUAAACUUAGGUAAAUUAAUCUUUAUACA